AUGAACAACCAAUUUUGCGGCUUACUUUCUACUCAAUCUAGGAUCUAUUGUGAUAGACAGGAUAUCUUGGAGAUGGAAAAGUACAAGUCUGAAAUAUUUGAUAAACAUCCGAAGUAGUCAAUAGAAAUUGAGAAAUCUGAUAAAUAUAUCACUAAUCCUUAUGUGAUCAAUUUGAAUGAUUAUUUGUCAUAAGAGGAAUUUCAACUUGAGGGGACAAUGCUAUAUAAAAUCAAAUAAAAAUUACAUAAUUUAAAAAUAUCCACUUUGGUAGGUUAUAUUUACAAGGUGAAUACAGAUCAAAAGAGAAUAUUAAAUUUAGGUAUUGUAGAUGAUGUGACUCACUCUCCAUGUGAGAUUGAUCUGCAAUAUAAUGAUUAAUCAUAAUUAGCUAAUUAUAAAUUGGGCUAGAAAAUUAGCUUUACAAAUUUAUAAAAGCAGAGUAGAGUAAUCUAAAAUUAGUUUAAGGGAUUCAUAGAGGAUUAGUAGGUAGUGUAAUUUGAUAUAAUAACUAUGGAGAACUAAUAAAUUAAUCUAUUAUCAUUGCUAAGGAAAUUAAAAACAUUCAGUAUUUUACCAUAUUCUCAAUUGAGUGACAUAAAACCUUAUACAAUAGAUAGAAAACUAAGAAAAUUUAAGGUAGACACAGUCAAAAUCUAUUCAGUACUUUUCUAAUAUACAUGUUCUAUUUGCAAAGGGAGUGUGAAAUCGUAGCAAAACCAAGUAUAUUAAUGUGAAAGUUGUUUAUCCUUUGUGGAUCUCAAAGAUUGCGCUUGGGAAAUUCUGGCUUUGGUAUAAAUAAGAGUGGGUACUCAGAUGGCCUUAUUAAAAUUGAGAGAUCGUCUGGUUUUUGAAUUUUUCGAAAUAUCUCCAUUUUAUGAAUAGUUUUUAUAGAAUUACAGUCUCACAACAGAAAAUAAUGCUUUGAAAUAGGAACAAACAGAAGAUGAUGAGAAGUUAAGAUAUCUAUUUGAUGCUUUUUAUAAGUCAUUUGCCUGUAAGGAGAUUUUGGGAUAGGCAUAUUGCGAUUUUAUAAAGACAGCCAAGACGAAGGAGAAGUGGAAAUAGAUAAAUAAAUUAAAAAAGCAAUAAUUGUAAACCAUGAAUUUUGACUUUGAAUACAAAUUUGUGGAUUACUAGGCCUGGAUUGAGAAGAAUGAAUAUGAAAAGCUGAUAAUUUUUCCUAAUGGUGCGUAUGAAUAAGUUUUGAAAAACAACAACUCAGAAAAAUGGUAUGAGAACAGGGUGCUGGAGCCUUUGAUAUGUUUAGAGUGUUAUGGAGUUUAAAAUGUCACAUCUGCUAUAUAAUGA